AACGCAAGGACGUUUUAUUGAUAAUAAAAAUUAUUUUUAAAAUAUUACAUAUUUAUAUAAAAGGAUUCCGGAUAUUCCAAGUAUAACCUAUUUGGUUUAUGUCUAUUUGUGCAUCCAACGGGCAACGACCCUCACCGGCGAUCAUUGUCGUAUCUGCCACCACCAUUUUAGCAAUGAUUAUUAUUAAUCAUAAUCACGAUUAAAUAUAUUUAUCUUUAAUCGUGAUCGCAAUUCUUAUUUUUUAUUUCUUAAGUCAUCAUAGUUGUCUUGUCAGUUAAAAGUUAACAGUAUAACACUCAUAACUGUGACUGGUGAGCGGCGAGCGCUCUGUCUUUUCUCUUUUAAUAGUGUAGUGUUGUACUUACGUAUUCAUUUGUAUUUUAACGUUUGAACUGUUUGAAGACCUCGAUUUAUUAUAUACUAUAUUUUCAUUUCUGCUUUAUCAAUUAUUUAAGUACUUAAGUAUAUUAAUAUAUAUAGUAUAUAAAAUUUAUCUUACAUAAUAUAACAAUUAAUAUAUAACCAUCAUUAUUACAUAAAAUUAUUCAAUUUUUUUUAACAUAUUAUGGCUUCGAAAAAAUCGUGCAAAUUUUGUCAGCUCGAUUUUAAAAGCCGUGCUUUUGGGUUACAGCAUCCUCAGGCUAUCUUUGAGAGUAUACAUCCACCUACCGAAAACCAGGACGUCAACGAUGAUGAUGAAUGCGAAGAGAACCAGGACGGCAACGAUGAUCAGAAAAGCAAAGAGGACAUUGAUGAUACUAUAUUAAAGUAUAAAGCGACACACGUCCCAGGAUCAUUUGUGUGUGAUUAUUGUACAAAAGUUUUCAAAAGGAAGGAUUUACUUAAAGACCACAUUUUUAAACAUUAUAAUCAGGAAAGAGAACUUCAAAUGAAAUAUGUGUAAUAAAAAAUAUUUCAUUAAACGCAAUUUAAACACACAUAGAAGAUUAGAACAUAACGAUUUCAAUUAAAAAUGCAACAAAUGUGGCUAAUUAUAUUCGGGAAAACGCCAAAUAAGAUUCCACGAUCAAAAAAUGCAUUCACUUAUUAACAAAUAUAUUUGACUUAUUAUUUGUAAAUAGAAUUUCCGGUACCAAGCUUACUUUCAAGUCAUCGGAGCACAAUGUUAAUUUAUUGAACCAUAUUACAACAUAAUGAUGAAUCUAUUAACACAUCAAAUAAUUUUGGUUUUUUUUUUCAGUCACCAAAAACAAUAAACAUAUUAAGACUUAUAUCUUUCGUGGAAUAUGGCUCCUGGCGAUACCACAUAAAAAAAAACGCGCCUAUGCUAAUACCCCUAGGGUGGUGUGGAAAUUUAGCAGUCCAGAAUUACCUGUCAUCAAUAAUAAUUAUGCUUGUCGGUGCCGUAUUAUUAGUUUAGAAAAAGUGAGUAUAAAUAACGCGUUCAAUUAUUCAAAUAGGUAUCUAUAUUUUUAUUCAAAGUAAUAUUUAUUUUAUAGUUAUACAUGAUUGAUUUUACACGUCUAAUGUUAGGUGGACUCUUCGCAGGAGGCUACGGGAGUGCCUUGCUGCUUUGGUUUUUAUUGUUGUUACACAAUAAGCCAGACUCAAUGAAAUAUACAUUUUUAAAAUUAUUUAUCAUUAUUCCAAAUAAAUAGUCUGAACUCUUAAGCCUUAUUUUGUGUUUGAUUUUUUUUCCAAGGCCAAUAUUUGUAUACAUUUAUAUGUUUUGUUUGUUUUGUUUUGAACUUUUUUUUUUUUCGCAAAAUUAUUAUGAUACGUUUGUAAUUUAACAAAUUUUAUUUGAAAAUUGUUCAUAUAAAAAAUUCAUCUUAAACUUUCCGUUGGACGGUUGGACGCCUAU